UAUAAUUUAUUUGUACUAAAACAUUUUCUUUUUUUACUCAUAUUUGUAUAUCUGAAAUCGGUGGUAAUUAGAGACUAUAGUGACUGCGCCAUGCAAUUGCCACUGCUACAUCGUAGCACUCAGAUGGCGGUGCUGAAGAAGCUUAUCCGGCGGAAGGUCCGGGAGCUCCGCAGGCGAAGACGCCGUGCGCAACGUCGCCUGGAGAUGAUACGGCAGUUUCGAAGGGAGCUGCUCCGGUUGAUGCAACGUUUGAUUGACUUGCGGCAGCGGGAAGCGAAGGAGGGGCGACGGAAGCAGGCACGGCGGGCAGUGAGCGGUAUGCUGCACAUGUACAAGCGCUGGCUAGGGAACUGGACCAGGUCAAUAAAAUCCCAGGGCCGGCUCAUACGGCAACAGGAGCAUCUGAAGCACAGACUGAAGCACAGACUGCGACUCCUUCGAAAGCGGCUGCGGAAGCACCACAGACCGCAGCACUUGGUGGACAGAUGCUUUGAAAAACUCGCCAAGGCGGUGAAGAGGUGGCAACAAAAUCCGGACUACCGUCAGUAUAUCGAGAAUCAGGAACUCAUUUGGUUGCAGGAGGUUGAGGAGGUGCGCAGAUAUCUGUCCGAUAUUCGGGGAAAGCCCAUAAAACGGCGAAAGUCACCCCGCCGAUCGAGGGGCCUGCAUUUGGAUCUGAAAGAUUUCAGCAGUUUCUGGAAGUUUGAGGUGGUGCGUAAGAAGAGAAAAGUGGUUAAGACCCAGUUACCCAAGCAGGAAUCUCCACCCGAGUGGGAAGUCUACAGGGUUCCUAAACCACAUUUGAGGUCACCAAGAAAAAGAGAAAAUAGACCUAAUACCAGCGAGAUUUUUCUUAAUCUAGGCGAUCUAGAUGAAGAUCAAAAGCUUAAAAGUAGAACAAUAUCCAGUAGGAAACUUAUCAAGAAACGUUCUUUGGGACCGUCGCGCAAAGAAAUGCAGCAGCUAUUGCAAAUUCUUAAGGUUCAGAAUUCAUCAGAGCAAAGAAUCGGUAAGACGGCUAGACAUCACAAAAGUAAACGAAAUCUGAAAAGAAAAGCGGCGAAAACAGAUCUGUAUCAAGAGCUGAAAAAAGACAUUAAUAAAACAAAGCCUCUAUCUGAACGCAAGAGGAAUAGUAGAAAUCAGGUUAACUUGAUCGUAAACAGGCUGCAUAGUAUAGACUCUGCCAUGAUAACUACAAUCCAAAAGUCCCGCUGGCCCACGAUCAAGAGAGCCAAGAAACAUAAAUGGCCCGCAAUGACGAGAUUUAGAAGAAAAGUACCAAUUCGACACAAAUAUGCAGAUCUUGGCUCAAUGAAAAACAAGAUCCCUAGUUUCUCAAUCUCUCCCUCACAGAAAUAUACUAGAAAGCCAAAAUCUAAAUUCGUAAAAAAGAAAAUUAGCGAAGGGAUGAAAACUUUGAAGAUGGAUCAAAGGCCUCGGGAUUCAAUAGAAAGUAAAAAUCUUUGGGACAGCUCUGAUCUCUCAAUUUCUCCCUCAUACUAUAAUACAAAAAGCCAAAAAUCUAAAUUCGCAAAUGAUAAAAUUACCAAAAAACGAGAUGUCUUGAAGAAGGGUCACAGGCGCAGUGAUUCGAUUGAAAGUAAGAACCUUUGGGACAGCUCUGAUCUCUCAAUUUCUCCCUCAUACAAUAAUGCUAAAAAGACAAAACCAAAAUUCGUGAAUGAAAAAAUUAGCAAGAAAAAAGAUGACUUGAAGAAGGGUCCAAAGGCGAGUGAUUCGAUGGAAAGUAAGAAAGUUAGGGACAUCUCUGAAUUCUCAAUUUCUCCCCCAUACAAUAAUGCUAACAAGCCAAAAUCAAAAUUCGUGAAUGACAAAAUUAGCAAGGAAACAGAAGACUUGAAGAAGGGUCUAAAGGCGAGUGAUUCGAUGGAAAGUAAGAAAGUUAGGGACAUCUCUGAUCUCUCAAUUUCUUCCUCAUACAAUAAUGCUAAAAAGCCAAAACCAAAAUUCGUUAAUGAUAAAAUUAGCAAGAAAAAGAUGACUCCAAAACCAAAAUUCGUGAUUGAUAAAAUUAGCAAGAAAAAAGAUGACUUGAAGAAGGGUCCCAGGCUUGAUUCCUGUCAGGAACAGUUACCGUGGGCGGAAAAGGAUUCACCAAAAAAGAAAUCAAUAAUAAGUAGUGAAAGUCACUCUGAUGACGGCACCGAUGUAAUGGUGAAUUAUCUAAAUAAACGAAAAACAUUGAACGAGGAGAGCAUAUCCGAUCAGAUCAUUGUUCCGAACAGCGUCGCCUCCUUUAGCGAUUCGCUGAAUAAAUUAAUAAUGGAAAACCGACCCGCCCGAAGAUCCCUUCGCAAAUCCAUUUUUGGUGUGGGUCUACUUCCACCCGGUUUCAAGCCAAAAGUUCGGACAAGUGGACAGGCUAUAGAGUCCACCUAUCGGAAUCUGAGGGGAAUGGAAAAUAUGCCCAGAAGUAGCUUGACCGAUAGCAAUCGAUCAAGGAAAUCAAUAAAACUCGCCAAUCGCACUGUCUUCAGCACACCGGCAGUUUCCAAUAGAACCAAUGAGAAUUUUGACAGAGAUCAAAAACAGAUUAAGGUAGGGUCUAAGGGCACUAAGGGAGAUCCGAGAAUCCAGAGUCAUAAAGGUAGAACAAAAUUAGGGCUUAAAGCUGGUCGUAAAGUGCAUAAAGCUGGCAAUAACACGAUUGGAAAUGAAAUAAAUAACUCGAUAGGCAAUGAGGAUGAAAUAGGUUAUGAUUCAAAUAUAAAUAAAGACAUUCCCAGACCAACUGGUUCAAGAAAAGGUGAUCAAGCUGUCGAUGAAGAUGUUAUUAAAACUAAUUCGAAAACAGGUUAUUUCGUUGGAUUUACAGAACAUGACCAAACUAUCCAUCUGGACAUAAAUAAUGCAAACUAUAGUCCAGAUGAACAAAAUAAUAAUCAAGAUAUAAAUAAAACUGGCCAAGAUCAAGAUCAGGAUGCAUCUCGUAAUCUAUUAAACAUCCAUCGUGAUGAAUCUCGGGCUUCAACAAAUAUUAACAAUGAACUUCUGCCACAGUAUGUUAAAACGGUUCAUAGUCGAACAGAAAGUACAACAGCAAGUCGAAGUGAUGCGGAAUCUAUUCCAUAUUUUCCGGCGGACUCUAUAAAAGAUGCGAGUAAUAAGGACUCCUCAAUCGUUACCAGCAAGUUCAGCAUAAAAGACUUGGAGUCCGAUGUGAAGUACAGACAAAUCCAAUAUUUUCUAAAGGACGUCAUAGAAUCAAACCAUAUCCUUCAGCACACGUCCAAUGUCCAGGGGCUGAUGAAGGCGGUGGGUAAACACUACAUGUGGAGCAACCUCAUGGAUUUCUACAGCGAACUGCUGGCCGGAGGGAUCAGCAAACCGGAUGUGAAGCGGCUGCUGACCGACAAGUACCUUAAGUACCUGAGAACCAUUUGGAAUGCCCAGCUAUCGGACCCCAAAAGAGCGGGUUCUGUAACCAGCGAGCAAUAUACCGCAAAGCCAUCUAUGGCGGAUCAACUCCGAAACCUAAAGUUUUGGUAUCGGAAUCGGAUGAAUACGCGGACAUUUCAGGGUAUACCAAAGAGCAUAAACGAGAAGCAGUCCAAAGGAUCUACUCAAGAUAUAAAUGAUUCCAUACACAAGAAGCUCUUCCUGCAGGAGCUGAAGGCGGAGCGGGCGAAGAGGGACAGUUGGGAAGACCGCCUGCGACGCCUUCUCCCGACCAGUCAGACUUCCGCCUCCAUGUCAUUUGCGAGCACCAACACCCUCCGGGAUGUGGAGUCCGAGGAGGAAGAGGAUCUUCGCACAAUUGAUGAGCGCUACUCGAUAACGAACCUUAAGAAGAUGCUAAACGAACAUAAGAUUAGGUUCCGGGCCAUGGAGUGCCAAAGGAUGAUGGAAAAGGAUCGUCACGGGAAGAUCGAUUCAAAACUCAGGUUGGUGGAGAAGCCAUCGGAGGGUCUAUUUGGAACAUCUCCACCAAAGAAACCCCCAAGGGAAUCAUCUAAGAAAAAGGAGCAACGACCGGUGAGACCCAUCAAUCGUUUGUUUUACUCGCCCCGGAAGACAUGCCGUGAGCAGCAGAUUAUCAAAUUUUAUUCAGAGUGCUCAGAGGACGAGGCUUUGGAGGAGAGUAGCGAGGACUACGAUACCUCCAUAGGAAGGUGCCCAAGCUGUGGUGUUAAGGUAGAAGUGUCAUGCUGUGUCCCAUCGUCCAAGGCCAGUAGUGCGAUCCUGUCCAGCGGCUCCAUCGAAGCCUGUGCCAAAAACGAGCUCCUGGUCAACACAAUACAGAAUGUCUGCACUCGCUGUGGCUAUGUCCAUGACGCGGCCAAUCCAUGCACCCAACCCGCCGAGGAUCCCGGGAAAAUAAGUAUUCUGAGACUGAUUAAAGCCGUUCAGGCAGUAAGAUCCACCAGUCAGAACACAAAGUGUUCAUGCUGCGAAAAGAACUUGAGGAGUUCCACGUACCAACUCUGUGAAGUGGCGUCCAGAGUCCGGAGAUGUCCAGGGGCUGAUGAAGGCGGCGGGGAUAGAUGAGAGCACCCAAAUCAGCCGGCUGAGGCGAAUGAAACAUUUGGUUUAAGUGCUAAAUAAAUUCAAGUAAUGAGUUUGCCUCUGUCUGUGGGUGUGCAUGUGUUGUUAAAUGCUUUGCCAAGUUUCAUAAAAUAUGCAAGGACCUUGCCACACAUACACACCCACAUCCACAGGCAAUGCAAUGCACUCAC